AAAAAUAGUACUCCAUAGUAAUAAAUAAAAAAUAAAGACUAUUUCAAUAAACUUUGCCUCAUUUUUGGCAAAUUAGAUCCUAAGCCAUCAACCAUGAAGUCGUAUUUGUUUGGCAUCAUAUUGGUUGUGUUAUUUCUUACGGUGUUAGUUCACGACGUUCAUGCCAAGAAGCCAAACUUCCGGCCUGGUCCAUGGAGAACCGGUAGAGCUACCUUCUAUGGUAACGCAGAUGGCUCGGGAACUUUUGAAGGAGCAUGUGGAUAUGGGGACAUAUCGACCAAGGAAGGCAAAGGUGGGUUUGGGGUUCAAACGGCAGCUAUAAGCACAGCAUUGUUCAACAAAGGAGCAGCUUGUGGGUCUUGUUAUGAGCUAAAAUGUUCACAGACUACAAAAGGUUGCAAAGCUGGUGCAUCCACCAUCACCGUUACCGGCAACAACGAAUGCCCUGGCGGAGGGUGGUGCAGCCCACCACAAGAGCAUUUCGACCUCACUCAGCCUGCUUUCCUUCAAAUCGCUGAGUACAAGGCUGGUGUGGUCCCCAUUGAAUACCGCAGGGUACCAUGCAAAAGAACAGGAGGAAUCCGUUUCAGCAUAUCAAAAAAUUCAAAUCCCUACUACCUGCUGGUGUUGGUAUGGAAUGUCGCAGGUGCAGGAGAUGUGGAAAGUGUAAUGAUAAAGGGUGAUAAGGGUAAGCCAUUUAAACCAAUGAAGCGUAACUGGGGUCAAAACUGGGAGAGUGAUGAUAACUUUGUAGGCCAAUCCAUCACGUUCAGAGUCAGAACCAGCGAUGGCAAGAAAUCUACUUCAUGGCAUGUUGCCCCUAAAAAUUGGCAGUUUGGUCAGACAUUCGAAGGCAAGAACUUCAGAUGAAUUUUGUGACACUAGCAUCUUUCUUCAUUUGCAUGAAAUGCUCAUAUAAUUAAUAAUCGUCGUUUUAGCUCA